AUGGUCUUACCCGAACAUCCAAUCAUUCGAUUCUCAAAUCGCUUCACAUUUAUUCAAGCCAUCGACAACAGCUCUCCAUUUUUUUCGAACUCGUCCAAAACCAGCUUCCGAACUCCUCUCAGCCUACAGCAAAAAUGGGUCGACGCCCCCAACAAGGUGCCUCAGCAGCAGAGGUUCUACCAGCAAGCCUACGCUCAACACACUCGUGUUUGGAAGAUUGCUCCUCGAAGCAACAUGCUACUAAUACCCUACUACACUCUCCUUUGGGGAACAGUCGGAGCUUCCUUAUAUAUGGUGGGACGCAAGGCCUUGGGCUACAACACGUGGUUUGGCAAGAACUAG